GCCCCCCACCCCCCUUCUCCGGAAAGCCCGCGCCCCCCGGCGGUCGCGCUCGGCAGUCUCCGCGCCCGACGCUCGGCGGCGCUCGGCUGUCUCCGGCCGCUCGGCUCGGCGCUCGGCGCUCGGCUCGGGUCCGCGGCCGCUGCGGCGCGGGCAUUUCUCCGCAGCUCCCUGGCCCCGCGCCCGCCCGGCCCGCGCCCAUGCAGGCCAUCAAGUGCGUGGUGGUCGGCGACGGCGCCGUGGGGAAGACCUGCCUGCUGAUCAGCUACACGACCAACGCCUUCCCGGGAGAGUACAUCCCCACCGUCUUCGACAACUACUCGGCCAACGUGAUGGUGGACGGGAAGCCGGUGAACCUGGGGCUGUGGGACACGGCGGGGCAGGAGGACUACGACCGGCUGCGGCCGCUCUCCUACCCCCAGACCGACGUCUUCCUGAUCUGCUUCUCCUUGGUGAGCCCAGCCUCCUUCGAGAAUGUCCGAGCCAAGUGGUACCCGGAGGUGCGGCACCACUGCCCCCACACGCCCAUCCUCCUGGUGGGCACCAAGCUGGACCUCCGGGACGACAAAGACACCAUCGAGCGGCUGCGGGACAAGAAGCUGGCGCCCAUCACCUACCCGCAGGGCCUGGCCAUGGCCCGGGAGAUCGGCUCAGUCAAGUACCUGGAGUGCUCGGCCCUGACUCAGCGCGGCCUGAAGACGGUGUUCGACGAGGCCAUCCGGGCGGUGCUGUGCCCGCCCCCGGUCAAGAAGCCGGGGAAGAAGUGCACCGUCUUCUAGCCCAGCCCGGCCGGCCCCGCCCCUGCCCUGUCUGCUGUCGUGUUGAGCUGUCCUGUGUCUGAGUCUGGGGGGUACGGAGGGUGGGGAAG